AUGGGCAGACUUACCCAAAGACAAAUUCAAAUCAAAAAACUAGCCCAAGGUAAUAAAAAAAAAAGUAAUCCAACGAACAUAGAUAAUGACCCAAAUACUGAUGAUGUUGAUAUGGAUUUAAAUGAAGAUUUGAGUUCAGAAAUUGAAUCAGAAGUGGAAACUGAAUCUGAUUCAACUUCUGACGGUAGUGAAUCCUGGGAAGACAUAAAUAUGGAUAGAGAUGAUAAUGUUACUCUUGUACAUGAAAAGGUGAAGGAGGCACCCAAAGAAAAACCCAUUACAAGGACUUUUUAUUUCAAAGAUUCAAUACGAACACAGCAGAGACAUGCCAGGGAGUUGAGAAUUGCUGCUGUUGGAUCUUCCAGAAUUACUGAUUUUUUUAAUUACCAAACUUCCAAAGCUCUUAAAAGACCUGACUUAGCCAAUGAUGAAAAGACCAGAUUAAUGGCGGUUGGAAUGUAUCUUAGACAUUUGGGUGAUGGUAAAAAACGGGUUGAAGCAAGUGAAACAGUAGCAGCAUCCCUAGG